CAUCCUUUUUUUAAAUACGGAAUCCAAAAUGCAAAACCCUACUCUCGAAAUUUCUACUCCUUUAAAACACCCGCCGCUUCGCCGCCUCCACCGGGCCGCACAUCCUCCAUCAUCUUCUCCACCUUCGCAUCGAACUUCCAUUUGCUUCUUCUUCGAGGCGGCUCUUCAUGGUCCUUUCCACCUCCAUGAUUUCAUCUCACACCCAUCGCUGGAUCCAACCCCGUCGCCUCCUCUCGGUUCUCCGUGCUCUGGAUCUAUGAGCUUAAAUAAUAACACAUGUUUUGAUUCUCUUGUGUUUUUAUUCCAUUCACCUUGUUACUUUGUAGCGGCCUUUGGUUGUUUCUUUCUUGCUUUUUGUUUUUUUGCUUCCGGCUGUUCUAUGCCGUAGAGAUGAUGCCUUUGAGCGAUGAAGCAGCAUAUGACUUAUGAGAGGCGGCGGAUCGUUAGGAAACGCGGUGAGGAAGAGGAGGGUGCGGUAUCGGCAGAGGCGGCGGCGGAAAUUGCGUCGAGAGUUUUUCCCUUGCAGACGCCGACUGCGGCGAUGCUGACGGUCGCAAGGAAAUCAUCGACGAGGGUUUUUGUGCCCAGAAAGGCAAUAACGGACAAGCGGCCCUGGAAAGGAAGUUAUUACACGAGAGUUCUCCGGUCAGGGAAGCCCCUCCAUCUUUCUGAGCCUGUGAAGAAGGCUAGAGACUACGAUUCUGGCAAAUUGAAUGAUAUAAGAUUGUUGGAAAGUGGGGAAAAAACGGAGAGUAGGUUGGGUGCGGGGAUUGAGCACGAGUUAGAUGGGAAUGAAGUGGGUGCGCCGGUGUUCCAGGAGCUCGGAAAGAAAUUUGAGAAUGUUUAUAGCCGAAAGCGCCAGAGAAUUCCGUCCGUUGGGUGGAUUGGUUUGGACUCAUCUCCUUCAGAUGGUGGAGCGGAAGCCAGCGAUCCACGAUACAGGUUUGUGUUUUCUAGAAAACGGAAGAAGAAGAAACUAGAGGUGAGGAAUGGUUUUGGUGAAGUAAGAGGUGGUCAGGUUGGAGAGAGUGAAUAUUUAUUCAGAGCUGGAGUGAUACAUGAUCGUCUUCAGGUCGGAAAGUUCAACAGGACGAACCUGCACACCAUCGACAUUAGUGAUUGUAAACUUUGGACUAGUUUUAGUGAACACUUAGUGCUAGUUGUGCUUUUAGAAUCUUCGUCUAAUGACAUUUUACUUAGGUUUCGGAAAUUUCUUAUUUCUGUAAUCAGCUGGAUGAGGAAGACAAGGGUGAGUCUACGCUACCUUACUGCAUUUCUUCUAUCUGAACCGAUUUGCAGUACUUUUUCACGUAAUGGCAUCCAUUUCUUGCCUCUUGCGGAUCGUAAUAGUAAAUUUCUUCUUGGGAGUUCUAUUUCUAAUUUUGGGAUCUGCAAGCUUUACAGCGCAAGGGAAUCUCUUCCCCUGAUGUCUCUAAAUUUUCUUGCACUUCCUUCCUAUUUUACAAGCUUGCAUUUGGAGUUUCUUCUUCGUUCCCAACAUCUCUCUCCUGCUCUUUCAACAUAUCUCACGGACUUGAACAAGAAACAAAGGCUGGAUAUUCACGGCCAUGCUGGUGUUUUUCAUGUUCAUUCGGAGACCGAUUUUUCGGGAACUUCGCCCUCUGUUUCUGCAAUUCCUGCCGUCAAUAGGAACUUACCCAGUGCUGCGGCAACUUCUGCAGUUGUUGCACAAAGUAUGCAUGCUUCUAAGUUAAGGAAACUCCAUAGGAGGAGAAGCUUUUUUAGACAAUCAAGAAUUCACAAAUUUUCUUCAGUGGACUGCCUUAGUAUAUUGAGCUCUAGUGAGAACGGUGCUCAAACUUUGGCGGAUCCUCUCCAUGUGAGUCAUGUUGAACCUUUAGAUGGGCCAUUUGUUUCUUCUAUUGAUAAGCUCAGCCCUACUUCAUCUCAAUCAAAACUUUUGGAAGUUGGUAAAAGGAACCAUGGUGAGCAGAUGAAAGAGAUAAAGGCUGCACUUUCUGAUAUUAAGCAGAACAUCGAUUCAAUUCAAUGCAAAGCAAAUAUCUUGUUCACUGCUGGUGAUAGAUGCUGGAGAGAAGAAGGAGCUGAAGUUUUAUUGGAAUUGUCUGGUUCAGGUGAGUGGUGCUUGGCAGUGAAGAUUGGAAACAAUUUAAGGUACCUUCACAGACCUCAAGAUAUGAAGUAUACUCUAAACCGUUUUAAUCAUGCAUAUAUGUGGAUUGGUGAGGAUGGCUGGAGACUUGAGUUUUGUGAAAAGUGGGACUGGCUGACUUUUAAGGAGCUGCAUGCAGAGUGUCGCCAGCGCAAUAACGUCCCAAAAGAAGAUCUUUCUGUAAAAUUUAUACCUGUGCCAGUGUUUAUGGAUAUUCCUGCUUAUGAGGAUGAUACUGUAUCGAUUUUUGAGCGACCCGAGCAGUAUAUCCGAAUGAAACAUGAUGAUGAAAUUUUACGAGCUACAGUGAGUGAAGUUCCCUAUUACGAUAUGGAUUCAGGAGAUGAGGAGUGGUUGAAGCAGCACAAGUCUAAUAACUCUAUUUUACAGAAUGGUCCCUCAUCUUGUCUAAUGGAGGACACGUUUGAAAGAUUGAUAUUCACAUUUGAAAAGAAUGCAUAUUAUAGUUCUAAUGUAAUAUCUUUUGAAAGUGAACCAAUUAAUCAUGAAGAAUUAGGUUCUAAAGAUAUGGUAGCGGGUGUCUAUGAUUACUGGUUGAAGAAGAGGAAACAAAAGCGUGCUCCUUUGGUCAGGGUUUUCCAGGGUUUAUCUCUGAGAAAACCACAAUUGAUGCAAAGACAAGUUCUUCGAAAGAGGAGAUCUUUUAAAAGAAUACGAAGUCAAAUUGGGCGAGGAAAGCCUGCCUUCGGGUUUGAUUCCAAGGCCAAAGAUGAGGCCAGAGCAGAGGCCCUCCACAAACUCCAUGAAGCUGAAAAAGCUUGGUGCCGCUCCGUCGAACUCGCCAUCCCGUUGCGCCGACGAGCCGAACUCCUGAUGGAAAAUGCUGAUCUCGCAGCCUAUAAAUCCUUGAUGGCUCUAAGGAUUUCGGAAGCCCUUCGAUCAACGCCUCCCGAAGCCGUCUCUUCCAUUCUGGACUUCACAGAAAUUUAAAACAAAUUCUAGUUCUUGCAUCCUUACCAUUCUGCCGCCAAACCGAAGAACUCUAAAAUUUCAGGGCCUGCUCUCUAAAGCUUGGUUCUUUCGGAGAUGAGGUGAGAACUGUAAUUUUGUAUAAAAGUUUAGCUAAUUUGUAGAUCCUGUAUUUUAAUGUCAUGAUCUGACGGUAGAUGUAGAACAAAAAAAAA